AUGGCUCGAUACCUCACGCCUGCCAAGAUUGGCCUCCUCGCUCUCAUCGAGCUGUACACGGACGAACAUGUCCCCGCCACGGCAAUCAUCCCCGUGCUCUCCUUCAUCACAUCACAUCUCCUCGACCCAGACCCUCAGUCCUUCACCAACACCGCCAGCAAGGACACGCGUUGGAGGAAAGCCGAGAGCACCGUCAGCCUCGUCAUCGGCAUCAAGGACUUUGAGAAGCUGCUGAGCGCCCACUCCGUCGUUGUCGGCCUGCCGGGGCGGAAGCUAUGGGACACGUUCCUCGCCAAGCUGUGGGGGAUCAACUCUCUCGAUCUGCUCCACGACUUCUUCGCGCGCCAGUCGCAGUGUCUGGCCAAGACGAAGGAAGAGCUGCUGCGGGCGGCGGGCGGCGACGAGACCAUUGCCGCGCAGCUGUUGCAGGAGCAGCAACAGAAGCCUGGGAUCACACUGUCAAGAAACUCGCCGCUGGGUCAGUUUGUGCGGCGGUGCCAGCUCGAGUUCACAAGGCUGCUGUUCCACGAUGCGACGCAGCUCUGGACGGGUUUCGUGCAGUAUCGGCAGCCUACGGCGGGGUACCUCCGGAAGAGGAACCCUUCCUUUGGCCGGCUCAGCUUCGACAAUGUUCUCAUGACGGGCGAGCAAUCGGAGUGGGACUUGGAGGGUGUUGCGGCGCUCACAUCUGUCGUCUAUGGCGAUAUGGUGAGGAACGGUACUCCUGCUGCUGUGCCGGUGAGCACAGACGACAUUGAGCUUUUGCUGGAGUUCCAGAUCGAGCAGAUGCAGACAUUUGAUUUCCUCCAUCAAUACUUUGACUACACGAUGCAGAACCGAGACAGACUAUUCUAUCAAUACGCCUUGAUGAACCUGGCAGUUUUGCAAGCAGACUUUGGGUGCUACAGAGAAGCCGUCGCAGCCAUGCUCGAAACCGUAUCAACGGCCCGCGAGAACCGCGACAUGACCUGCUUAAACUUUGCACUUAGCUGGCUUUUCCAUUUUGGCAGAGCACACCCGGACCUUGUGAGAGACCUGGAGGCAGACAGUCUCCUCGGCACAGCCAAGGAGAGUCUUUCCUACCUGCGAGUCAAGGCGAAGGAGACGGGAAUGUGGACAUUGUGGGCGUCAGUGCUGCUCAGUGAAGCGAAGCUUGGCCUGGCAAACGGCGAGAGCGUGGCGACAUCGGUCGAACUUGUGGUUCGCAGCUCUCACCUCAUUGUCGAGCGGAACAUGAAGAAUAUGUUUGGCGCCCAGCUGUCCAUCCUGAUUGCUCUGUGGGAUAGGCUGGGGCUGUCGCAGCUCUCGGCCAUGGACUGUGAGAUUUUCUUACGGUGUCACGCGAGACAUUCGAUAUUCGACGACGAGCUCAAGGUCACAUCUCGUUUGGCGUCGCAGCUCGCGGCGAGAGGCAAGUUUGACGAGGCGUUGCAGAAACUGGAGGCCCUCGACGAGAACGCCCUGCGAUCAUGGAAACCGAGCCAAUACUGGUACAAGUACCGGGGCAUCAUCAAACUGAAGCGGGACCUGCACCACAACAACCUCGACGGUGCAGAGCAGCUGCUCUCGCAGCUUUUGCAGUCCAAAAAGGACGACUUGGAACCGGACAUGGCCUUUGUCGUCGACUUACUCCACAUCGACUGCCUCACGCGGCGGGGUGACCUACAGGCGGCUUUCAACAAGGUCGAAGACAUGCUGGCGGCGAUUCGCGACGAUAAGAGAGACAUUUCGCUCCGCGUGCGGCUCAUGCUGAUCAAGGUUCACCUUUAUGACAAGUGCGGGCGUCCGCAGCGGGGCUUCACCAUCGCCAUGCGCGCCGCGAGCAUGGCAUGGAGGGCGAGGCUGGUCUCCUGCCUGUGGCAGGCCAUCGGCGCCGUUGCGAAUAUCCUGACGUCGCUGGGCGAGUUCGACGCCUCGGUGCAGCUCCUCACGGCCGUCCUGCCGCGGAGUCUCGAGUGCGAUUCCGCAGCGCUGAGCGGGCAGCUGUACUCGUACCUAGCCGACGCCAACAUGGGCAUCGCGGGGACGAUGGCACCGCAGUCGGCCAAGAGGCGGGAGUACCUGACCCGGGCUACGGGUGCCAUACAAAAGGCGUUCGAUCAUUAUUCGAGUAUCGGGGAUAUCACAAGGCAGUGUGAGAUGAUGGCCAAGAAGGCAACCAUCAUGAAGGUUGCGGGGGAUAAGGUGCUGGCAGCGGAUUACGCGGCUGCGUAUGUAGCCCUGCGCAAAGAGGCGGCAGCACUUGCGAUAUGA